AUGCAGUUAAUCCUCAGGCUCCUUCUCACCCUUUCCUUCCUCUUCCUCUGCAUCCUCCCGGCCUCAACGGAGCAUACGUCGAAUUGGGCCGUUCUAGUCUCGACCUCGCGCUUCUGGUUUAACUACCGCCACCUCGCCAAUGUCCUUUCACUUUACCGCACUGUGAAGCGUCUCGGGAUUCCCGAUUCGCAAAUCAUUCUGAUGUUGCCUGAUGACAUGGCCUGCAACCCUCGAAACGCUUUCCCCGGAACCGUGUACAGUAACGCAGACCGUGCGGUGGACCUUUACGGAGACAACAUCGAAGUCGACUAUCGGGGCUACGAGGUGACCGUCGAGAACUUCAUCCGUCUCCUCACCGACCGCCUGGACGAGGAUGUGCCACGCAGCAAGCGACUUGGUUCCGAUGCGGGGAGUAAUGUUCUGGUAUACAUGACUGGGCACGGAGGGGAUCAGUUCCUGAAGUUCCAGGACGCAGAAGAGAUUGGCGCAUGGGAUUUGGCGGACGCAUUUGGCCAGAUGUGGGAGAAGAAGCGCUAUCAUGAAUUACUGUUCAUGAUCGACACCUGCCAGGCGAAUACGAUGUACACCCACUUCUACUCGCCCAAUAUCAUCGCGACGGGAUCGAGUGAGCUUGACCAGUCUUCUUACUCCCACCAUGCGGAUAAUGAUGUCGGUGUUGCGGUGAUUGACCGAUGGACAUACUACGUGCUGGAGUUCCUCGAAACCCAGGUGACGAGCGCCAACUCGAAGCUGACGCUGGGUGACUUGUUCGACUCUUAUGAUGAGUCCAAAAUUCAUUCUCAGCCAGGUGUGCGGUGGGAUCUGUUCCCCGGCGGCGAGCAGGAAGGGCGUCUCCGCACUGUGGUGGAUUUCUUCGGGAACGUCCAGAACGUGGAAGUGGAGAAUGCAAAUGCCACCGAUCCUGGCUCACUUCAAGAGGAUCUGGCUGAAAUUGCACGGCUGGUGGAGAAAUGGCGCAAACGAGAUCAGGAGUACUUGACGACCCGCAGCGAUGCAUCCAACCAGAGCAACAGCCAGGCACCUCAAUCCAAUACAGAAUCGCGGACCCUAUCCUCUUACUUUCCGCAACGCAAGAAUGUCGGGCCUGCUAAGAUGAAUGAGGAGAAUUGCUGGCAAAAGCGGCUCGUGGGGGUCUCUGUGCUCGGUGCAUGUGCUGCCGCGUGGUUUGCCGGAUCGGUCUUGGGCAGGACCUGA